AUGGUGGUGUUUGCUAAUACUGUAAUAAAUGCAGUUAACUUAUUCAACUGCGGAGGCGUAGUAGUCGGUUUAUGCAUCUCACACAAGAUUGCUGAUGGGUGCACCCUGAGCACAUUCAUCAAAGGGUGGGCUGCCACUGCACGCGACAAGCCUAGUUUGGUGUGUCCAAGUUUCGUCUCAGCAACUUUGUCCCCACCAAGAGAGCCAAUCGGUUUCAAGCACGUAGGUCGAAUUCUAGAAGCAGGACUUGUUACUAGAAGAUUGGUUUUCAGUGCCUUAACAAUAGCUGCUCUAAAAUUUGAAGUUGUACCCUAUUUGGCCGGCAUACAACCUACCCGAGUGGAGGUGGUAACAGCACUAAUAUGGAAGAAGUACGGUUCCAUUGCAAGCACAUCAAUGGCGUUUCAUCCAGUGAAUAUAAGGAAAAGGAUGGUCCCAGCAUUGCCAGAACAUUGUUUUGGCAAUCUCUUUUUGAUGGCGAAUGCAGUUUCGAAUGGCGAAAUAAAUUUGGCUACCUUGGUGACUAAGCUGAGGGUUGCAAUUGAAAAAAUUGAUUGUGAUUAUGUAAAAGAAAGACAAGGGGAUGAUGGUUUUGAAGUGGUCAUGAAUGAUUUGAAGAAAAUAGGUGAACUGGUUUCCAAAGGGAAAGUGCAGGUGUUGAGGUUCAGUAGUUGGUGUGGGUUUCCAAUCUAUGAAGCAGAUUUUGGGUAGGGAAAGCCCAGUUGGGUGAGUAUUGCUACCAUGGACACUAAGAACUCUAUCAUCAUUAUGGAUUCUAAAUAUCCUGGUGGAGUAGAGGCAUGGGUGACUGUGCAUGAACAAGAUAUGGCUAUACUUGAUCAAUUAGAAACCUUCAUUUCAUCAUUUCUAACUUCUUAAAUUAGGGAUUUCAGUUAAUGUUUGUCUUCCAAUAAUGUCUUGGAUGCCAAUUUAAGGUUAUGCUUGAAUCUUAUAUUUGGAGAGAGAUUUUUAAGUGAAAAGUGGAUGAAGUAGUA